AUGGCCCGCUCACCCUCACGAUCCAGCGAUGGUGCCGACUCGGCGCAGAGUCCUCGCGUCGAACCGCGACUCCUCAAAGCUGUCGAAGAAGCCAAGUACGACGAGACGGUUACUAUCAUCGAGCACGCAAAGGCGAAAUCGCAAAAUAUCGACCACUUGUUGCGCAUAGGCUUGAUGCGCGCAGCCGAGCGCGGGCAUGUAGCUAUUGCCGAAUACUUUCUGAACAGUGGCGCGAAGCCUGAUGGCACACCAGAUGGCAGGCUAUCACCAUUGCUCAAGGCAAUCGAGAAGAACCAGGUCAACAUUGUGAAGCUUUUGCUGCGGCUUGGGGCCAAUGCAGACGCACACGAUAAACAGGGACGGACGGCGCUCAUGACGGCUGCAUGGAAGAACCAUUUCCACAUCAUGCAUGAGCUGUUGAGAUGCGGUGCUAGCGUUAAUAAGAAGGACAACACUGGGAGGAAUGUACUACACAACUUGGCGGCCGACAAGCAUUGCAAUUGGGGACGCGACGUUAUCUCCGAGCUGCUGAGGCAAAACAUCGCCAUUGACGGGCCAGAGGGCCAGGACGAGCAGAAGCGCACUCCAUUGCAUUGGGCAGCCAGUACGGGAAAGAGGGAGCUAUGUGAAAUGCUACUGAGGAGACCCAGGCUACCCAGGGCAAACGUCAACGCAAUCGAGGUCAGGCAGAAGACGGCGCUUCAUUUGGCAGUCGCACAUGGCAGAGACGACAUCAUCGAGGUGUUGCUCAGCAAUGGCGCAGAUAUCAUGGCAAAGAGCGACGGAUCUUGGACUCCCCUGCACAAUGCUUGCGAGCAAGGAAGUGUCAAGGUGCUCAAGGUGUUGUUGGGCGCUGGAGCAGAUAUCAAUGCGCGUCUCUUGAACGGGAUGACACCCUUGCACGUGGCAGCACAAGCAGGACAUGUUGAUGUAGUCAAUUGCCUCUUGGAGAGAAAGGAUAUCAAACGCGCUGCCAAGGACACGUUCGGCAUCACACCGUUCUUGCGAGCCGCACAGAGCAAGAAACCUGCGCGCAAAGCUAUCAUCAAUACACUCGCGCCGCACAACCAAGUAGAAGCACUUAGCGAGGAUGCGCUGGGCGCGACCCGCGGGUUUCACGCUACCAUUGUCGACUUUGGGAACUUUCACAACGAGAACAAAGUCUCACGAAAGACGGUUCACGAGCUUCUGUAUGCCCGCGAUGCCAUCAACCCGAGAAAGCCAGCUGUUGCUGUCCUACCCAAAGAGUCCAAGGCGACAAGUUUUAGAUGGAUACACCUUCCUGCCAACAACAUGGCUUGGGUAGAAGCCUUGUUAACGAAAGCAUUCAUCGAGGAAGGUGCGGCUGAUGUGGAAGGCUUCAAGGCGCUUGAACGGUCUUUUACCCAUCAACACCGUGGACAGCAAAUACACUCGCAUUUCAUGAGACCACUGUGUCAGAGCACACCACGUGCGCCAAGACAUCAAGAUGAUUCCGAUCUUUCCGACGGCGCUGAACAAGGCCUACCGCAGAUCACUGUGAACAAGCCUCUGGGGCUGGGCAUCGACGCCGUGGCAGGUGCUCAAGAGCCAGCACCGUCGCACUUGCCUCGAACGCCUGUGCGCUCAGAGACGGUCAGCACUGACCAGACCGACUGGGCUGCGGGCUCGGGCUCGGGCACUUUGACCGGUAGGGAAGGAAAGACCAAGACCAAAGAAAAGACGAAGAAGGCGCAGAAGUGGUCCGGUUCUAGGCAAGCCGGCAAGCGGUCUGGUGGCACCGACACGCCGAACCGACCUCCUCCAGACUAUCAUGCCCGACGAACGCACACUAGUCAUUCCCUCACAAACAGUGGUCAUUUGAGAUCGCCUGGUAGUCCUGGCAGAAAGGAUCCGACGGCAGUGGCAAAAGGGAACAUCUUCGCUUUUAUGCCCUAUCUGCACUUUGAGACCAACAGUCGACGGCAGGAAAUGCAGGAUGCGAUCAAAACGACCCAGACGCUAAAGGAGCGCAGAAUCAACGAUUGGCGUACUACCAGGCAGCCUGUGAAGCGGGCGUCGACAUAUGAUGAGAUGCUACUCAGGGCUCACUUGACGUCUUCGCAGGUUUCAUUGCACGUGCGACGUACCCUGGACCAAUUCUUCUAUCACAACAUCGAUACCCAGUCUCGAGACAGAGAUCAGGUUGUCUAUCGAUAUCAGUGCAAGUCGAAUGAGCCUGAACAUGUAGAUCCCAAGAUCUUCAUGGUUGACCAGUUGUGGAUGUGGACCAUUGGCAAAGACUUGAUCGUUACUGCCUUUCCUCAGCGGUGGCAGCAACCUCGUAAUGACCCGCUCAACGUGCUCGAUGGCGUCAUAGAAGACAUCAACAGCAAGACAAGAGAUCCCGUGCGCAGCGUCUAUGAUCUUGCUAUGAUCAUCACUGGCCGAUGUAGUGGCGUCUUUGAUCGUCACAGAGUUGGCGACGAGGAGUAUCAGUUCCUCGACAUGUUUGAAUCGAGUAUUGGCGACGCUACCGAGAUGGAGACUAUGCUGUUCAAAGAAUUCAACACGGCGUCUGCCCAGGCCUCGGCUUGGCUGCAACAUCAUCGUCGCCCAAAUCGUUUCUCACGCCAUUUGGAGGCCGAAGGGAGACAACGCGAGCACCUCCAUCGUCGACAUGCGCCGCACCAUUCUCAUGCGCAUGCCCUGAUAGAUCCUCCUGUGAGGGAACAAGAGUUUGACUACGAUGAUAGCGACCGAACAGCUGCCCACGCCCCGCUCUUCGUCGACAAGCUCUUGGACAUUGGUGCAGAGACGGAUCUCUUAGCGGAAACAAAGGACAUUCGCGACGAGCUUAACAUGAUCUCAAAGGUACUAGAAGAUCAACGUAUUGUCCUCCCUGACAUGGAAGCGAGCAUCAUAGACAUUUACCGCGAAGAGCACAAAAGCCAACAGGACCUUAAAAAACGAUUCAGAGACAUGCUAAAGACGAUUGACACGCACAUCAAAGACAUUGAACGCAUGGACAAGCAAGCCAAGCGCAUCUACGAAUCCAUCACCGACCUCCUCGACCUCAAGCAAAAGCACGCCAACGCCUUCGAAGCACGUUUCGCACGCGACCAAGCCGCCGGCACAGCACGUCAAAGCCAAACAAUCAUGGUCUUCACGAUCGUAACAAUCAUCUUCCUGCCCCUCUCCUUCAUCGCCGCCCUCUUCACAAUCAACAUCCGCGAAUACCCCCAUGACCCCGGCGGUGACCAGCCCUCGCUGCCCCUAUCCUUUGUCAGCAAAUACAUGUUCGGCAUCAGUUUCGCAAUCUCUAUCCCUUUUAUUGCCAUCGCCCUCUCCUUCGACGCUAUCGGCGACUUCUUCCGCGAAGUCAAACGCCGCUGGCGCGAACGCAAAGCUAGACAUCAACAGCGUCAUCAUAACAGCAACGGCAACGACGCUUUCAUCAACAUCAAUAGAACCGAAUUCUUCGAUCACACAGUCGAUACCCGCACCAUCGAAGAGGCGCUAAGUCGCGGUCGCAGCACCGCCUAUCGCACCGACGGAUGA